CCGCCCAGCGGCGACUCCCUCUCCAGCGCUUCCACUUCUCACUCGGACCAUUCUGCUCACACCAAAUCUGUUUCCGCUCUAUCAUCUGAUUCGGUCUCCACCUCGGCAGACAACUUCUCUCCAGAUUUAAGGGUCCUGAGGGAAUCUAAUAAAUUGGCUGAAAUGGAAGAACCACCUUUGCUACCAGGAGAAACCAUUAAAGACAUGGCUAAGGAUGUUACUUACAUCUGCCCCUUCACUGGAGCAAUCAGAGGGACCCUUACUGUUACCAAUUAUAGACUGUAUUUUAAAAGCAUGGAACGGGACCCUCCUUUUGUCCUAGAUGCAUCUUUAGGUGUAAUCAACAGAGUGGAGAAAAUUGGAGGUGCUUCCAGUCGCGGUGAGAAUUCAUACGGGCUGGAGAUUGUAUGCAAGGAUAUUCGAAACUUGCGAUUUGCUCAUAAGCCUGAAGGGAGAACUAGACGAUCCAUAUUCGAGAACCUAAUGAAAUAUGCUUUCCCAGUUUCGAAUAAUCUGCCACUUUUUGCAUUUGAGUACAAAGAGGUUUUCCCAGAAAAUGGAUGGAAGGUGUAUGACCCCACUUGGGAGUACAGAAGACAGGGAAUUCCUAAUGAAAGCUGGAGGUUGACCAAGAUUAAUGAGCGCUAUGAGCUGUGUGAUACAUACCCUGCCAUUCUAGCUGUGCCUGUAAACAUUCCCGAUGAAGAAUUAAAGAGAGUAGCAUCUUUCAGAUCAAGAGGACGCAUACCAGUAUUGUCAUGGAUUCACCCAGAAAGUCAAGCAACGAUCACUCGCUGUAGCCAACCAAUGGUGGGAGUGAGUGGCAAGCGAAGCAAGGAAGAUGAAAAAUAUCUUCAAGCCAUCAUGGAUUCUAAUGCUCAGUCCCAUAAAAUCUUCAUAUUUGAUGCAAGGCCUAGUGUGAAUGCUGUAGCCAAUAAGGCUAAAGGAGGGGGCUAUGAGAGCGAGGAUGCCUAUCAGAAUGCAGAAUUAGUGUUCCUGGACAUUCACAAUAUUCAUGUUAUGAGAGAGUCGCUGAGAAAACUGAAAGAAAUUGUGUAUCCCAAUAUCGAGGAGACUCACUGGCUGUCUAAUUUAGAGUCAACUCACUGGCUAGAGCAUAUCAAGCUUAUUCUCGCCGGAGCCCUUCGGAUCGCUGACAAGGUGGAGUCAGGGAAGACGUCUGUAGUUGUACACUGCAGUGAUGGCUGGGACCGGACAGCCCAGCUCACCUCUCUCUCUCUGCUCAUGUUAGAUGGCUACUACCGAACUAUCAGGGGCUUUGAAGUGCUAGUGGAGAAGGAGUGGCUGAGCUUCGGCCACAGAUUUCAGCUGAGAGUUGGCCAUGGAGAUAAGAAUCAUGCAGACGCAGAUCGCUCUCCUGUCUUCCUCCAGUUCAUCGACUGUGUCUGGCAAAUGACAAGACAGUUUCCUACAGCAUUUGAGUUCAACGAGUACUUCCUGAUAACCAUCCUGGAUCACCUGUACAGCUGUUUGUUUGGGACCUUCCUGUGCAGCAGUGAGCAGCAGAGAGUGAAGGAGAGCCUUCCAAAAAAGACCGUGUCGCUUUGGUCUUACAUCAACAGCCAGCUGGAAGACUUCACUAACCCCUUGUACGUGAGCUACUCCAACCACGUCCUGUAUCCCGUGGCCAGCAUGCGCCACCUCGAGCUGUGGGUCGGCUACUACAUCCGCUGGAACCCCAGGAUGAAACCGCAGGAACCUGUCCACAAUCGCUACAAGGAACUUCUUGCCAAGCGGGCUGAGCUGCAGAAGAAAGUGGAGGAACUGCAGAGAGAAAUCACCAACCGUUCCACCUCAUCCUCUGAGAGAGCUGGCUCUCCCGCACAGUGCGUCGCUCCUGUACAGACAGUUGUGUAAUACAGACUUUUUUUGCCGAGUACCUUCCCAGGACCAUGGGCGCAGCUUUUCUAAAACCCUCUGGAUUCCCAGCGUGGUGUCUGGGAGAUGCCAACC